AUAUAUCAACCGUCCAAACAACACAGAACAGCAUGGAUUUCCGUCUUUCAUUUUCAACAACCCUGACCACCGGAAUCUUGGCCUUUUUACUUUUUAUUUGUAGUUUCUUAGCCCUUUCAAGGCGAAGAAAUGCUCAAAAGAAGAGAACGCCACCACAAGCUGGUGGUGCAUGGCCGAUUAUCGGCCACCUCCCCUUGUUAGGGGGGCCAAGACCACCUCACAAAAUCUUGGGUAAAAUGGCAGACAAGUAUGGUCCUGUUUUCACUAUCAAACUCGGUGUUCAUCGUGCUUUGGUAGUGAGCGAUUCGGAAAUAGCAAAAGAAUGCCUAACUACAAAUGAUAAGGCGUUCGCUACACGCCCGAAGUCAAUCUCCAGGGAGCUUUUGGGGUAUAAUUACGCCAUGUUUGCCUUCAGCCCUUACGGGUCCUAUUGGCGCCACGCACGUAAAAUUGCCACACUCGAGCUUUUAUCAAACCACCGGCUUGAGAUGUUCAAACAUGUUCGAGAAUCGGAGAUGAAGGCAUGGAUAAAGGAAAUACACCACAUAUGGGAAAAUAACAAGGAUAGUUCCCAUAAUGCGUCGAUGGAGAUGAAGAGAUGGUUCGAAGACCUGACCCUGAAUGUAAUUUUCAAGAUAAUUAUCGGGAAGCCUUUCGUUGCGUAUUUGCAGAAGGAUGAAGAGAAGAAUCAAUGGCAAUCAACAGUGCGAGAAAUGAACAAAUUCUUGGGGAAGUUCUUCGUUUCUGAUUCCCUUCCAUUUUUGAGAUGGUUGGAUAUUGGAGGACAAGAAAAGGCAAUGAAGAAGGUAUCAAGAGAGCUUGACGUUGUUGUUCAAGGAUGGUUAGAAGAGCAUAAGAAGAAAAGAGCUACUGGAAGCAAAAAACGAGAGGAAGACUUCAUGGACGUGAUGCUAUCAAUUCUCGAUAGGGGAGAGUUUCCUACAGAAAUUGACUCUGAUACAGUCAGUAAAGCUAUGUGCUUGGUUCUUGUCUUGGCAGCCUCAGAUACCACAACAAUUACCCUAACAUGGGCGCUUUCUCUUCUCCUCAAUCAUCCUGAAAAAUUGAAGAAGGUUCAACAUGAACUUGACACCAACAUUGGUAGGGAGAGACGGGUUAAUGAAUCCGAUGUAAAGAACCUGACCUACCUCCAAGCCAUCAUCAAGGAAACGCUGCGUUUAUACCCACCAGCACCAUUGCUAUUGCCUCAUGAGUCCCUGGAAGACUGCAUUGUUGGGGGCUACCAUGUUCCAAAAGGCACACAACUGCUUUUUAAUGGCUUCAAGAUUCAAAGGGAUGCCAGGGUAUGGCCAGAUCCUGAUGAGUUUCAGCCCGAAAGAUUUCUGACAACACACAAAGAUGUUGAUGUUAGGGGGCUGAGUUUCGAACUAAUACCAUUUGGAAGUGGUAGAAGAAUAUGUCCAGGAGUCUCUUUUGCUCUUCAAUUUCUGCAAUUCACACUUGCUACUUUCCUUCAUGGAUUUGAAGUGGCAGUUCCGUCAAAUGAACUGGUUGAUAUGAGUGAAAAACCCGGAAUAACCAACCUCAAAUCCACUCCGCUUGAAGUCCUCAUAUCUCCUCGUCUCCCUCAAAAUCUCUAUGGAUGAACCAGUAUGAGAAGUUUCAUUACUAAAGGUAAAUAAAAGCCAAUUGGCUAUUGUCCUUGCUUAUAUGAGGGCGAUACCAGACCAUAUCACCGCUGUAUGGAAGACCAUUUCAUAUGUUAUGAAUGUAUCUUGUAUUGCAACAAAAUAGAUCAAGUUAAUCACUUCAACUUUUCUCUUUAACUAAACUGUUAUUUUCGCGGCUAUUUUUAUUACCAUAGAGAUGCAACUCAUGAGCUAUGCAAUAAGAACUCAGCAACCCC